AUGACUGAUGCAAAAGCCGGCAGCGGCAACGAGAAGCUCGUGGUGGAGAUAGUGGGGGCUCACAAUCUCAUGCCUAAAGACGGAGAAGGAUCUUCAUCUCCAUUCGUUGAAGUCGAGUUCGAGAACCAGCGUCUUCGAACUCAGGUCAAGACCAAAGACCUUAACCCAAUCUGGAACGAGAAGCUCGUUUUCCAUGUCAUCGACGUCAACGACCUCCGUUACAAAAACUUAGAAAUCAGCGUUUUCAAUGAGAAGCGUUCCUCCAACAGCAGAAACUUUUUGGGUAAAGUUCGGGUUCCAGGGUCCAGCGUUGGAAGAGAAGGAGAAUCUGUGGUUCAGCUGUACACGCUUGAAAAGAGAAGCCUUUUCUCGCACGUGCGAGGAGAAAUCAGCGUGAAACACUACGUCACCACAACGGCAGAUAAUGCUGAGAAUCUCCGUCGGGUUAACGGGUCGGGUGGGCCAAAGAAAAGCAAGAAAGUACAGAACUUGAGCACUUCCAUGUCGAUUCAACAGCAACAGCAACAGAUAUCUCUUCACGAUAACAACAGAGGGAGUCAGCAGCAGAAUCAGCAGAAUGGUCUAGGACAGAGGAUGCUACCGUUCUAUCCGAACCUCGGUGAGAUAAAGCCACUUGUGAUAACCGCUCUUCCCGGUCCUAUGCCCGGACCCGGACCUGGACUUAGACCCGGGCCCCUCGCUUACUCAAACGGGUCGAGUGAGUUUUCGCUUAAGGAGACUAAGCCCUGUCUUGGAGGAAGUAGUAGUGGUGUUGGCGGUUUGACUAAUCACAGGGACAAAACAAGCUCAACAUACGAUCUAGUUGAGCAAAUGCAGUACCUUUAUGUAAGAAUUGUGAAAGCUAAGGACUUGUCAGUAUCCGGUGAUGUGGUGUCAGAAGUGAAAGUAGGUAAUUACAGGGGAGUUACUAAAAAGGUGAGUCUGAAUUCGAAUAACCCGGAGUGGAAUCAAGUUUUCGCCUUUUCUAAAGAUACCAUUCAAUCAUCUGUAGCUGAGAUCUUUGUCAAAGAAGGUAACAAAGAUGAGUACUCGGGUCGGGUCUGGUUCGAUCUGAGUGAAAUACCAACCCGUGUUCCUCCUGAUAGUCAGUUAGCUCCGCAGUGGUACAAAAUAGAGAGUAGAAACGGCGGUAGAGGUAGCGGAGAGCUUAUGGCUUCGUUGUGGUUCGGGACUCAAGCCGACGAGGCUUUCGCUGAGGCAUGGCAUUCAAAAGCUGGAAAUGUUCACAUUGAGGGUUUAUCUUCGAUCAAAUCAAAGGUUUACUUGUCUCCUAAGCUAUGGUACCUUAGGGUUUCAGUGAUCGAGGCUCAAGACGUUUCAGUUAUGGACAAAGGUUCAGGUCUAAUGAGGUUUCCUGAGCUCACCGCUAAGCUACAAGUCGGGAAUCAGAUUCUGCGGACUGCUAUCUCUCCCGCAAGCCCUACCCGGAGCUUCUCAAAUCCUUAUUGGAAUGAGGAUUUGAUGUUUGUGGUUGCAGAGCCGUUUGAGGAUUACAUUACUGCUAUUGUAGAGGAUCGUGUGUGUGGUGGUGCAAUGGGAGGACAAAACGACGUCGGAGUUGGUAGAGUUCAGAUUCCGGUUGCGGCUGUUGAGAGACGAACAGGGGAUAAACCGGUUGGCUCGAGAUGGUUUAGCUUAGAUAAUGGUAAUAACAACAGCAACAGUCGGUUUGGUUCAAGGAUUCAUCUUCGAUUGUCACUAGACGGUGGAUACCAUGUUUUGGAUGAGGCAACAAUGUAUUGCAGCGAUGUUAGACCUACCGCCAAGGAGCUUUGGAAACCGCAAGUUGGGCUUUUAGAGAUUGGGAUUCUUGGUGCAACGGGUCUGAUGCCGAUGAAGGUUAGGGCCGGGAAUUGUGGUGGAACCACAGACUCGUACUGCGUGGCUAAGUACGGGCCAAAAUGGAUCAGAACAAGAACCGUUGUGGACAGUCUUUGUCCGAAGUGGAACGAGCAGUAUACUUGGGAAGUAAACGACCCGUGCACGGUUGUAACUGUCGGUGUGUUUGAUAACGCGCGUAUCGACGGGAACAAUAACAACUCGCGCGAUGCGCGGAUUGGUAAGGUUAGGAUUAGGCUGUCUACUCUGGAGACGGAACGGGUUUACACUCAUUCGUAUCCUUUGAUUGUGUUGCACGCUACGGGAGUGAAGAAAACCGGUGAGCUUCAUUUAGCAGUUAGAUUAUCGUGCGGUAACGCUGUUAAUAUGCUUCAAAUGUAUAGCUUACCGCUGCUUCCUAAGAUGCAUUAUACUCAGCCGUUUGGGGUUCACAUGCUUGAGCGUUUGCGGUAUCAGACGCUAAACGCGGUUGCCGCGAGGCUGAGUAGAGCUGAGCCGCCUCUAGGCCGUGAGGUUGUGGAAUAUAUGCUCGAUCACGAUUUCCAUGUUUGGAGUAUGAGAAGGAGCAAAGCUAAUUUUUUUCGCCUAGUAAACGUGAUUUCGGGUUUGGUCGCGGUUGCGAAAUUGGUCGAAGUUAUGAGAAGUUGGACUAAACCGAUUUGCUCGACGGUUUUCGUGGUGGUGUUCUUGUUUAUGGUUUUGUUUCCGGAGCUUAUAUUAUCGUGUUUGUUUCUUUACGCGGCUGCGGUUGGCGUUUGGCGUUUCAGGCGGCGGCCUAGACAUCCACCACACAUGGACGCUCGUCUCUCACACGCGGAAACCGUGUUUCCCGACGAGCUUGACGAAGAGUUUGACACGUUUCCGACGAGCAGGGGAUUUGAGGUCGUGAGAAUGAGAUACGAUCGGGUUAGGAGCAUCGCGGGGAGGAUUCAGACCGUGGUUGGUGACAUGGCGAGUCAGGGAGAGAGAGCGCAGGCGUUGCUGAGCUGGCGUGAUCCGCGUGCGACGUUUCUGUUCUUGGUGUUCUGUUUACUCGCUGCGGUUGGGUUUUAUGUGGUGCCGGUUAAGUUGACGGUUGCUGUCUCUGGUUUGUAUUAUCUCAGACCGCCUCGGUUUAGGAGGAAGCUGCCGUCGCGAGGGCUUAGCUUCUUCAGGCGGUUGCCGUCUAGAGCCGAUAGCUUGCUUUAA